AUGGAUGGUAAAGUUAAUAAAAAAACCUACUACUAUUUUUCUUACGUAAUAGAAUCACGAUUUUCUACCGAUGAAAAUGGAGAAGUAUUAAUUUGUGGCCAUGCAUAUCAUGAAGAAUGCUGCCAAAAACUGGGUCUCCGAUGUCACCAUUAUUAUUCUUACCUAGCUACUUCUAUUGAUGAAUUAACACGGUCAUAUAACAAUCAGUUGCACAUGGAUGAAGAUAUAAAUGAUGAAUUUGAUAUAAAGAUUGAAAACAAUUUGAAGAUUGUGAACUUGAUAAUGCAGAAACAAUAA